AUGCCCCUCCCACCACCCAUAAACUUCCCGGCCUUCCUCCGCACCCAAUCCCACCUCCUCCAACCGCCCGUCAACAACUACUGCCUCUACAACACGCAAGACUUCACCGUCAUGGUCGUCGGCGGACCCAACAAGCGCACCGACUACCACGUCAACCCGACGGAGGAGUGGUUCUAUCAGGUCAAGGGCGCGAUGGUGCUCAAGGUCGUGGAGAAGGGGGAUGGUGGGGAGGAGGUGUUUAGGGAUGUGGAGAUUGGGGAGGGGGAUAUGUUUAUGUUGCCGGGGAAUACGCCGCAUAAUCCGGUGAGGUUUGAGAAGACGGUGGGGAUUGUGAUUGAGAGGAAGAGGCCUGAGGGUACUAAUGACACAUUGCAAUGGUACUGCGAAACCUGUAAAUCCAUUGUCUAUUCGGAAUCAUUCUACUGCACAGAUCUGGGCACGCAGCUCAAACCAGUCAUCGAGCGCUACUUUGCAACGGAAGAGUUACGAACGUGUAAGAAAUGUGGGCACGUCAAUCAGACAAAGUGA